AAGUAUAAACAGUAUUCGAAUAUAUAGUGACGCCUGGAAAUACCCGGCGAGGUAAUAAAACACCACCCAAUACAAACACAUAGCUCCCCGUUCACCUCAAUCUAUGGGCAUUACGCACGGCGCACGUGCGCCGCUUCCCCCCCAAAAUCAACCCCCGACGAUCGACGAGUGUCAAGGUUAACCAGUGAGAGUUCUGUGUCUGGAGACUGAAGGUCAAGCCAAGUACGUGUUCAGCCGCAACAAACAGGACCUCUAGACUUUCGCUGGACACCACGUACUACCGAGGGAUAUUAUACACCUUGGAGCUCAGGGGCAUUUAUUCAGAUGGAUCCCAUCAUCGAUCUCUUUCCCCCUAGUCCAUUGUCCAGGGAAUUUGAGGGUGAGGUGAGCGGGGAAGAAACCGAACCUUACACUAACACUAUAGAAACCGAACCUUACACUAACACUAAUCCUGUCAAGAUGGAGAUAGAAUCUGAAACACCUCACACAGUAGGUAGAGGUAGAGGCAUAGCAAAAUACGAACUGGCUUUCCUGACUGAGCCGGUGGUAGGGAAAAACACAGUAGGUAGAGGUAGGGGACUCGCAAAAUACAAACCGGCUCCUCUAAUUGAGCCUGUGGUAGGGAGGGAUGCAGGCAAAGGUGCCUUGCUUCCUGGCUCCAGCCAUUCGCCCUUCCGGAACCCCAUUCAACAUGAAGAGGCUAAAAAGGGGACAAAACGACCGUCCACCUUCGGGGGCGACCAACGUUCAAAGAAGCACAGGUCAGUUUGCCCAAUUGUAGGUUGUGGGCAUGCGUCCCCCAAACUAAGGUGGCAUGUUUAUUACCACCUUCCCAAUUUCUUCCGCCCUCAGGAAGAGCAUACCGGCCCAGGGUGGUCGAAAACACUCUCAAAGCGGGCCAAGGCUUUGCACAUGGUGGCAAACUUCCUUACAGGCGUUGACAAUAUCGAAGGACUUAUAGACUAUACAAACAAAAACUGGCACUCUGUCGAGAGCCCUCUCAGCGAAACCGACAAGGUAGAAAUGGGCUUGCUGCAGGAGAAAGAGGGUUGGGAACAGGUAGUUCCCACCCUUCAGCCGAUCAACUCCCCCGGCUAUCCUUGCGCAUUGGCGGCCCUUGGUGUUCCUGUGGGACAAACUCUCUCUUGA